CUUUUGACGACGCAAGGCAAGCCAGACCGAAUCAUGCCGAAAUACUAUUGUGAUUACUGUGAUACAUACCUCACACAUGACUCGCCAUCGGUAAGAAAGACACAUUGCAAUGGCAGAAAGCACAAAGAAAAUGUCAGAUUGUAUUAUCAGAAGUGGCUAGAAGAACAAGUCCAAAAACUAGUAGAUGACACGACUGCAGCCUUUAAGGCAGGAAAAAUUGCAUCCAAUCCUUUCCAGUCAAAUGCUCCUGGUGGAGCCAUGAUACCACCUCCAGCAGCUGGUAAGCCAGGAGGACCGCCCCAGGGCCCCAUGCCAAUGGGUGGUCCAAUGCCUGGUGGACCAAUGCCUCUGAUGGGACCACCAGGGGGACCAAUGGGUAUGAUGCCAGUUGGAAUGAGACCACCUAUGGGACCUAUGAUGGGUCCUAUGGGUCCAAUGGGUCCUAUGAUGAGAGGACCAAUGAUGGGACAGCCAAGAAAACCCAUGAAAUGAUAGUGAGGAGAUCAUAUCACUAUAUGUUUGAGUGUGUGAAUGUGUAAAUAGUAUAGCAGCAUCAGAAGAGAAACUGGAUGGAAAUGAUGGUCUGAAAUGUUAGUUUCAUUUAUUUCCAUCUCAGAGUAUAUAUCUCAGGAAGACACUGAUGGAAGACAGCAAAUUGUUUUGAAUAUGUGUACAAAGAGGAUAUGUGUCAUUUCCUACUGUGAGCAUAUGUGUCAUUUCCCAUUGUGUCUUGCACUUGUUCCAUUUAAUACUUUUCAGGAGUCAUUGCAAUAAAAAUGUGGGAGACAAGAAACUUACACAUGUACUCUGAACAUUAUGUUUUCUUGUGCAACAAUGGUAAUGAUCAUGUGAAUUGUGUCAUCCUUUUAUCCAAAAAACCUCAUGUAUUUCUUCACCACAAAACAGUCUUAAAUUUUGGUGUCUGUUUUUCACAAAGUUAAUCUAAGCCAUAAUAUCUGAAGUAAAUGAGGAUACAGAAUUCAUAAAGCCUAAAUAAUCAUAAAAGUGACGAAAUUUGCCUCUGUUCAGGCAUUGUUUUACUAAAAUUAAAAUGUUUAAAACUGCUUAAAUAGCUUUCAUAAGCAUUGCACAUUUGAAUGCUGAAUUUCUCAUUUGCAGGAAUUUUUAAGCAUACUGGAGCCGUAACGUUAUGCCCUAAAAAUGUCUGAUGUCUGUCUGUAACCUGUCAACUUUAAGCAUUAAAAAAAACUUUUUA